AUGAUGUCUUCUAAGACACAUGAUCCUUCUCGGGGACCAGUUGCACUGGUCAACUCUCCCCAGCACCAAUGGCACAUAUCGUUGAAGACAUUCCUCGUCGGUCUUGGUGCCUUGGUCGCUACCUUUUUCCUUCUGGCUGGUUCAAGGAUUAUCCACAAGCCAAAAGGUCGAUUCGAUCUCAUCAUCGAGGAGAUCGCCCCCUCUGUCACCCGAGCGGACCUGAAGGAGGCUACCGAUGCCGUCAAUGAAAUUCUCAACCAACUCAUGGCCGAGCUUAAGGCUCACCCUUCCGGAAUGUCGACAUAUCCGUUAAGGAGACCGAAAGAGGAGUGUAGGCCGGCGAAGAGACAGUUAAUCCCCGAUCUCUUUGCUGGUCUUUUUGGUGGCGAUAACAAAGAGGGCGACGGUGAAGGAAACGCAACCGACGGAGCAGUAACAGGGACCAAUGAUGACAGCAGUAGCGGGAGCAGCCUUCUCAGCGGACUUUUUGGAAGCGGACAAGGAGAAGAUGGCGGUACUAUUUCUACACUGGCUAAGCCUCUUGUCAACGCGCUGGGGAACAUGGUUGCCGAAGGAGUGUCGGGAAACGGGCCUCUUGGAGGUAUCCUGGGCGGCAUCACGACUGCUCUUGCUUCAGGUGCCAACGCUCUCGGGGCCGGUGUGGGUGAGGGUGCUAUCAAAGGCCUCAAGCUCGAGAACAUGACGAAGAUUCAAACAGUGAGCAAUGCUCAAAGUUCUGGGAUAUCAAGUAUCGCUAAGAACUUGGGUGAAGGGGCAUCGGAAGCCAUCUUCUCCAGCCUUGAUCUCGACAAAUUGACACCAUCGUCAGAAACGCUUGCGCUGGCGGCGAGUGCUCUAGGAAGCGGUCUUGGAAACGGCAGCGCAUCUGGCCUCAAGCUCACGCAGAACAUCUCUGGCCCUGACUCCACCCAGACAGGCAUUGCUGGAUUGGCGGGCAAUCUCGGGUUCGGCUUGACCGACGGACUCUUCAGUAACAUCGAUACCGCAUCAUUCAUGGAUAGCUCAGCGAAUCAGGGGUUCAUGGAGACUUUGGCGCAGAUUCCUGGUCCGGCAGGAAGAGGGCUCGGCAAAGGCGCUGCGAUUGGCCUGAAGCUUGUAAAUUCCAGCUCCGACUCGACAGAUUCUAGCAACGACACUUUCGAUGUUGCCACGGCCAGCGAGUCCUUCACACGCGAGCUAGCCUCCUCAUUUCUAGGCAAUACCAACCUCCAGCAAGUCGAUCAGCAGCAGCUCCUUGAAACUCUUGCACAGGUAGCCCCGGCUAUUGGUCAAGGUCUCGGUAGAGGUGCAGCUGCAGGCUUGAAGCAAUGCUGUGCUUCUGCCGCAUCGUCUUCUUCCUCUCCAGCGUCGUCUACAGCUCCUGCCGACGGAUCCGGCACCAAACGCCAGGUUGACUCACCACCAUCAGCAUCUGGAUCAUUGGAUCUCCAAGGAAUUGCCGGGAAUUUCUCCCAGAAUCUCGCCCAAAGCUUCAUCGGGAAUGUUGAUGUAUCACAACUUAGCGGGGCUGAAGCCCAGAAGCAACUUCUCGAGACUCUCAGUCAAGCUGCGCCGUUCGCUGGUUCUGGGCUCGGCCAGGGUGCCGCGGAGGGCCUUGGUCUUACUGGCAGCACAUCUGCAGACAGAAAGAGAACCACAAAAAGACAAGAUUCGGGACAGAACAAUGACGAUUCGAGUAUCGAUGAUAUCGCUCAAGGCUUCACACGCUCGCUUUCAUCCUCUUUCUUUUCCAAUGCAAAUUUCAGCGCCCUUGUGUCGAAGGCAGUUGGUCAAGGCUCUGACAUGAUCGGAUCAGCCGUGCAAGGAUUGGCCCAAGGUCUUGGAAGUGGGGCUGCUACUGGACUCGGUCUGCAGAAAGAUGUACAUGAGCCUAUUGACAGCCAGGAUAUUGGGUCGGUCCUCAAGGGGUUCAGUCGCUCUCUGACAACGAGCUUCCUCGCCAACGGCACACUACAAAAUAUCCAGGACAAGGUUGGCAGCUUUGACUCUUUUCCUGUCAUCCCCGCGGUCCAGGGCCUUGCGAAGGGCUUCGGUAACGGUGCCGCUUCCGCAUUGGGUCUGCAGGAAGCUGCUGUCUUAGACCCCAGCGCAACUGAUAUCCCCACCGUUGCCCAGGGGUUCUCGGAGUCGCUUACCCAGAGUUUCCUAUCCAACGGCACUACACAGAGGCUCACUUCUCUGCUUGGAGAUCAGGGCUCGACAAUGCUUGGGUCCAUUGCUGAAGGCCUUGGAAAGGGUUUCGGUAGCGGAGCGGCAGAGUCUCUUGGCCUCCAGUCUGCCGCUGCUGAAUCAAACGCUUCCGACGCUCCCGCAAUAGCGCAAGGGUUCAGUAGAGCUCUGACUACCAGCUUUCUCGCCAAUGGUACGCUCGACAAGAUUACACAGCAAGCCAUGGACGUUGGAGGCGGACUGACCGACAACAUCGACUUCUCUAAAGUCGCCGAAGGUCUUGGUAUCGGGCUCAUAGAUGGCGGGAGCAUGGUCAUCUUCAUGCAGACGGGCGUGGGUGAUGCCAGCCUGGCUGAAGACUCGCAAAAGUUCAACGAUACCGUCGGUGGCGCUGCCACUGGCUUCGGGCGCGGCCUAUCCAGCGAAGCUGUCAAAGCCAUCUUCAUAGCCCUCGGGAACGAGGAUGUAGCCAGCAACCUCGCCGGCACACUCGGCGCUGGCACCGACCUCGUCAAUACCCCCCCUUCCGCCGCCUCUCCCUCAGCCGCUAGUCCAACGACGAGCAAACGCUCCAUCUCCAUAUCCUCCAGAGCCGCCAAGCGCCAAGCGCAGCAGCAGCAGCUCAACACCACCACCAUCGCCACCGCCCUCGCCCAGACCCUCAACCUCACCACCGUCAACGCCCUCCUCCAAGACGGCGCCAACGCCCUCGGCUGCACCGGCGUCGGCGGCCUCAUCCAAGUCGGCCUGGGGCUGCAGCAAAACCUCCUCGACGGCCGCACCCCAAACCUUACUCCCCAACCCUCCCUCCUCUCCAACCUCCCCAACCAAACGAUAAACAUCACCUCCCCCUCCUCCGACCACCUCUUCCAACUCACCCUCCCCACCCUCUCCCUCACCAUCAACGGCCUGCCCCUCGUCAAGCUCGCCGCCCUCCUCGCCGCCCACGUCUUCGCCGUCGCCCUCGCCUUCUACCUGCUGCUCCCCGCCGCCCUCGCCCUCGACGCCGCGCGCGGCCUCGCCGUCUUACUUCAUCGCCCGGACCGCCUGCGUUUUGCCGACAAGACGGUGACGGUCCUGCAGACGCUCGUCGUGCCCGCGUUCGCGGCCGCGGGGGCGGCGCUGGGCGCCGUCGCGGUGGGCAGUGCGGCGCAUGGGCGGACGCCGCAUCAGGUUGUGGGGUGGGUGACGGUGGGGGCGGCGGCGGUGGCGGGGGGACUGCACUACGCGGCUAGCAGGAUGGCUGAGGACGGGGGCAGCGGCGAGGGUGAGGGGGAGGAGGGGCAGCAGGAAGAGAAGGAGAGGGAGAAGAAGAGGCGGCUAGUCAGCCGCGCGAGCGCGGUCGCGGCGCAGCUGGUGCUCGCGCUGGCGCAGGUCGAGCUCGUGCUCGGGUUCCAGGAUCUGAAUGAGAUUAGCUUCUGCGCGACGCAGGGGGUGCCGCUGCCGUUGGCGGUGGCGGCCGGGGCGGUGUUGACGGGGGUGGUGUUUGUGAGUGUUGGGGCGGUGGGGUUGAGGGUUGUGGUGGGGAGGUGGGAGAGGGGGAGGGGGAGGAUGAGGAGAGAGGGUGCGACGGAGGGGGAGGAGGGAAGAGAGGAGAAGACGGAGGAGGAGCGGCCGCCGCUUGUGUCGAGAUUUAGUAAUUGA